UGAUUCUCGGGGUGAAUUAUUCCUAUACCGACAGUCGUAUAUGAACGCCGGCUCGAGGAAAUACUGUAUUUUGCGAUACGCUCCAGAUCUGCCAACUUAUCUCUGUGACUAAUAGUCGCAUAGUGCGACGGCAGCGCAAGAGUCUCAUUUGUAAUGUAUAUAUUAUGAAUUGCCCGCCAUGUCCAUCGGCUCGGCGCUGAUUGUCGAGAUACUCCCCGAGCCGCAAGGUUGCGAAUAAGCAUCACAAGCCAUUGCAAUCGAAAGGUUGCAAUACACGGAUACCUGAGUACCCGCCCUGUCAGCAUUGGCAGGCGAACAUAGAGAUAAGAGCGAAUAGUUAAUCUCCGCGCCGAACAUGUCCAGCUCGCCCUCCGCUCGUGUCCGGCUUCGCGACCUUGUUCCGGGUCUCAAGGUCGGGACUUGGCCAACCGGCGCCAAGAACGGCAUCACAGAUGUCUCUGGGGUUCUAGUCCAUACGGAGUCUAUCCACAGCGAUGAUGGUUCUGUCAAUACUGGCGUGACAACCAUCCUCCCACGCAAAGACUGGUUCAACAAUGCGUGCUACGCCGGCAUUUUCCGGUACAACGGCUCCGGAGAGAUGACCGGCUCCCAUUGGAUCGAAGAGACGGGUCUCCUUCACAGCCCCAUUGUCCUGACAAACAGUUUCGCCGUGGGCAACUGUUACAAUGGCAUCUAUCAAUAUGCCAUUGAACACUACAGUACCGGUGGAACAGUAGACUGGUUUCUUACGCCCGUUGUGGGAGAGACUUUUGAUGGAUUCCUUAACGACCUCACCAAGUUUGUAGUCACGCCACAACAUGUCAUCAACGGCAUCAAUGCUGCAUCUGCCGAUCCAGUACCCGAAGGCAACACUGGCGGCGGAACGGGCAUGUUGUGUCAAGGACACAAGGGCGGCACUGGAACUUCGAGCCGAGUAGUGCCAGGCCUUGAUGGCCAGGGAAACGAGAAGAGCUACACCGUCGCAGCACUGGUACAAGCAAACUACGGUCGAAUCCACCACCUGCACAUCACCGGCGUUCCUGUAGGAAGGAUUCUCGCUGCGGAAGCACAGAAGAGCAAGGAGGCAGCCAAAGCACAAGCCGACUACGAUGCCGCCAAGGACAAGAGAGACGGAAGCAUCAUCAUCAUCCUCGCCACAGAUGCUCCAUUGAGCCCCAUUCAACUUCAGCGCUUGUCCAAACGCGCUGCUGGAGGUCUGUCUCGAGUUGGUGGCUAUGGACACAACUCCAGCGGCGACAUCUUCUUGGCAUUCAGCACAGCCAACAAGAUACCAGUGCAGACAGUCGGCUCCGAGCAUAGGGAUGUCGAUCCAUUCAAGGCCAAUCCUCUGGCGACGCAGACAGUCGACGAUUCGACCAUCAACGCCCUGCUCGAAGCUGCCGCUGAUUCUACAGAGGAAGCUAUAUACAACGUUCUGUGCAUGGCUGAGAGUAUGACAGGGCAUAAAGGCUUUCAUAUUGACGCGCUGCCGUUGGAUAAAGUCAAGAAUAUCUUGGAAAAGCAUGUUGAAUUGGAAAAGGCAAUCAAGGCAGAUUUUUGAUGGCACAUCCGAGCUAGGGGAUCCGACUGAUAAAGCGGUAGUGCGCCGAAGAGAAGUGAUAAAUAGAUCAUUAAUUAUUACUUCAUUAUAUAAAUGCAACUUGG